GCGUGGGCUCGAGUCUCAGGGCGCUUAGGAGCCAUGGCAGAUUUGGCGCCCGCUUUCGCGGCGACGCCGGUUUUGAGCCGUGGGACGCUUGCAGUCGGGUCGGCGAAGCCGCAUCCGCGGCUGGCGUCGGCGUCGGGCGCGUCGGGCGCUUCCUGGGAGCUGGGCGCGGGGAUCGGGGCCGCUGCAGUCUUCCUGAGAGGUCGGCGCGCUGCGCGGGCGGGCCGCACUGCGCGAGCCGCCAAGGCUAGGAAGAUCCUGUACCGGGAGGAUGGGCGCAAGCAGCUGCUGCGGGGCAUCGACAAGCUGGCGGAGACCGUGGCUGUGACUCUGGGCCCCAGGGGUCGCAACGUUCUGCUGGACAAGGGGGAGUUCUCGGCCCCACAGAUCGUGAACGAUGGUGUGACCAUCGCCAAGGAGAUCGAGCUCGAGGACCAGGUGGAGAACACUGGCGUGCAGCUCAUCCGGCAAGCCUCCGCCAAGACCAACGACGUCGCUGGCGAUGGCACCACGACGGCCACGAUCUUGGCGCAUGCCAUGGUGAAGAGCGGGCUGAAACAGCUGGUGGGCGGCGCGAAUCCAGUGCAAGUGAAGCUGGGCAUGGAGAAGGCAGCCAAGCACGUGGUGGAAAGCAUCAAGAAGAUUGCGGUGCCCGUGAGCGACUCCGACAUGGAGAAGAUCAAACAGGUGGGCGCCAUCUCAGCCGGCGGGGAUGAGGAGGCUGGGCAGAUGAUUGCGGACGCCAUGUCCAAGGUGGGCGGCAGCGGGGUCAUCUCCCUGGAGGAGUCGCAGUCCACAGAUACAGAGGUGGAGCUCACGGAAGGCAUGAACCUCGACAAGGGCUACUUGUCUCCGUACCUCUGCCUGGACGCCUCCAACCCCACCAGCCGCAAGUGGGAGUCGACCAACCCUUUGAUCCUGGUCACUGACCAGAAGAUCUCCAUGGCUCAACAGGAGCUGAUCCCAAUCCUGACCCUGGCCAAGCAGAUGUCCAAGCCAC